AUAACCUCUCUUGACCACACCCAUGCCCCCCCACACCCACACACAUGCAUUAAGGAGUUUUUGCAAGGUUUUUGUUUCGGUUGGUUGGUUGAGGUUUGGUUGUGUUUCUGUAGCAGGUGAUUUCUUAGCCCGGAGGAGGUGCCCUGACAUGAGAACCAACGCCCACCAUCCACUGCAGGUGACCUUGAGGUGACAGUUGACUUCAGGACGUGUGUUUCAGUGUGGGCAAUACCUUGAUGUUUCCUUUGAUGCUCCGGUAUACUCGUGAUUUGGCGUGAAUGGUCAGUUGUUCAAGCUAAGGAAUGCCAGGGUCCAUAAGGGAGACAACAGCUCGGUGCAGAAUUUGACCUGUUGUUUUCUUUUCCUAAGUUUUUGGUGUUUUGCUCCACCAGAGCUCCCUUUGGCCUCGCUACCCGACUGUGGCUCGAGCUUGCUGAAGUAUUUCCUUGCAGCUUGGUGCUGUCCCAACCUUUUGUUGUGCUCGAGUUCACAGACAAGAUCUCCAACAGUAUUUGUUCCGCUUGAUUCAGAGCUCAGGUACUUAGUGCAUCCACUUCACUCCGCUGCUUUGGUUUCUAGGAGUGCACAAAAUGGGGGAAAGAAAGAGAAUUUAGCAGAAAGAAACUUUCUUUUCAGAACACACGCCCUGUAUCCACAUUGAUUUGGGGGAAAACCAGGAAGUUUUGGUGGCUGUUCCCGUCUCACGCUGUGUCUGCAGCCUGUAGCACUGGCAGGCUGGGGGCAACGGGACCCUUGGGUGUGUUGCAAAGUGAAUUUUGGAGUGUGGUGGGAUGGGUGUUGCGUUGGAAGGGCUUUUAGAGUAACAGGUCAGCGAGGGGUUGAAGAGCUUCCCCCACUGGCCAUCGUCCAUCCUGAUGCUGAAGGGAUCCUCCAUGCACUUAACCUUGGCCAGCUGGUACUGAACGUGGAAUGGCUAAAAUUCCUCUCCAGGGAGGAGAGGAAGAGUGAAGUUGAAGUUUGUGUUUGUUGCUGUUGCACCAGAAUUCAAACCUUAGCACUUUCCCCGGGGCCCCUGGCUGGGGGUCCCUGCUUGGGGUCCGAGCCAGGACAGUGUGUUGGCUCAGACCAGUUCCUACAAGUUGAGUAACAAAGCAACCAGACUCGUGUUUGUUGUUCAGCAGGUUUUCACUCCCUAUUGGCUUCCCCCCCCCCUUGUGCUGCUGCUUAAGUUAGCCCCUGUUUUCUGCUGCAGAGCAGAUUCCCUUUCCUGUUCAGUGAAAUCCUCCUUCCUUCCUAUCUCUUAUUUCCCUUCCCUGUGUCUUCCCUUGUUCCUCUGCUCCCUGACAAGUUGAAGACUUUUCAGAUUUCCUAGUUACAAGCAGCUGCAUAAAAGUUUUUGAAGCUGUGCAGUGAGGGCUCUAGUUACACAUGAACUCCUGACCUUAAUUUUGAAAUGCUCCCUUGUCCCCAUGUGCACUUUCUUUCCCAUGAUGCUUCUGUCCACAUCACCAAGCUCCUUUGAUAUUCCUGGAGUUGUGUAUUUCUCUUCAUAUUUCACCUAAAAAGUGGGGUGGGAUAGGAUGGGGAGGGGGUGAAGUGUUAUCUCAUAGUCUUCAGGUUCAGAAUGUGGGGAUAGUUCAGAGGGGGGAGUAGUUCCUCAUCCAAAGUAAGCAUUAAAAAUGGGAGGAUUUAAGACAAAUUAAUAAUUUGUGCCUCACCCCCCUGCCAAAAAUACCAAUUUCUUGGCCCCGUUGAGAUGAGCAAUAGGAAAGGGAGCAAGACUUUCCACAGGUAGCAUAGAGACCACAGCAUGUGCCUGCAGAGCUGUGGUACCUGUAAAACUGAAACAGCAGGGAGGUAGUGGCAGUGUAACAUAAAAUGAUGCUUUUAUAAGCUAGAGCUUUACUGAAGAUGUAUUUUCCGUUUUGGGCAGUGAAAGUAAUUUGCUGCCUUAUAGCAGAACUCUUAAGCCAACACUUUCUGUAUGAUAUAUAUAUAUAUACAUACGUGCGAAUAGGAGAAGUUGUGGUUAAUAAGAUAUUUUGUUAUAAAGCAAAGUUUUAUGAAGAUAUGGUUGUUUAAUAUUAGAAGCCUAUUUCAGCCCUUGACCUCCAGUGUAAGUAGGUUGUCCCUGAGUCGCUGCAGUGUCCGAGGUAAGCGACCAAGAGGGAUGCAAAAGUGUCUCUGACCUAAUUCUGUAGAGCAGUAAUUGCCUCUGUGGGUGUAUUUAUGGCAUUGUACCUGCUAUUAAUGAGAUGCUGUAACUCUUGACCAACUUCCUGAGCACAAUUAAGUGUCUGGGUUUCAGAGAAGGGAAUAAACAAAGACCAUUAAAGAGCUGAAUGGGACGAUAAAGAAGACCCAAGGAUGUGCUUUUAAGUUUGUUUGCCCACUAAAAAUUGGCCUGUCCCUGGAGGGAAUGGUGCUGUCCCUGCACCGGCUCAGAACUGUCAGUAAAUCCUGGUUUUAUUUGUGGCAGACCUGAUGGGAACUGGGAGAUGGGAAAGAACAGCUACUGACAUACAAGGUCAGCAAGUGCUGGGGAUUUGGUGCUGACACCCAACCCAGCUGCCCUGCUCGGGCAGGUCAGAAGUCACAGUAUCAACACCACCACUUUGCCACUUCUCCAGGGAAGGGUUUUUAAUGGAUGAUGUUCUCAAGGCAUUCACCUUGUGUGCAGCUUGUGGGACACCAAAAAUCUUGGCUGUCUUCCUGAGGAGAGGAAGUCACAUCCAAAACCCAGAGACAGUUUAUGUGUCCAGAUGAUCGACUUUGGAAAGUAGGACCAAAGGCACAGAACUGAUGGGGGAAAACACCCCAGAUCCCUUUCCUUUUGUAAUACCUCUUGGGAAAGGGUCUUGUGCGUGUGCCAUGUCAGUACUUAACAGGGACCAUGUCUUGGGGAGAGAGGAGAGGGCUCUGAGUGGGAGAGGAGGUUUGGGAUGCUGAGAGUCCUGUAGGGUCCUGAUGUGACAGGAGGUUUGAUUGAGGAGGUUUGAGUCAGGAGGGGCUGUGCCCAGGUGAAAACAUCCCUGGCUCUGCCACAUUCCUUGGAGAAAACAAAAUAGAUUUGCAAGCUUUCCUAGCUUUUGUGUCCUUCUAUCAGAGGGCUACUUUUGUCAAGAGCUGUUUUGCUGUUCCUGCUAGUUCAGGCAUUAAAGUCUGCCCCGGGCAGUCUGCGCGGCGGGCAAGCCCUUGGCUCACCGGGAAUUAGGUGACAGCUACAUACCAAAGUGUCACACGGCUCCGUGUGCUGAGAUUGGAUGCUGUGCUCUCGUGUGUUUUUGGAUAACGUUGCUGUUGACUAUCCGUGUUUUGACCAGAUGUUUCGGGCGGAUCGCUUAAGGGGCGAUGUUAUGAAUAUUCAUGGCGUGCUGACUGCCCUCUGCUCCCCCGCUGGGGUUUGUCACACCGUUUUUUUGGGAGCUGCACACAUCCUAGUGGCAGGUGAGAGUGUGGCCCAGGGUGGCCCGGAGGAGCUGCCUCUGGGGAGGGCCUCCUUGGGUCUGGAAUCUCUGGCACUGGCUCUGCCCUCCUCGGUUGCCGGUUUUCGCUUGUAAAUGAGAUUCUGUAGGUUCUGUUCGUGUGCGGAUUUGAAAAUGCAAACGAGGUGCUGGAAGCAGCCCAGAGGCUAAAAUAUGUAUUCCUGGCAGCUGUGCCUCCCUCGUUUGGAUGUGGCACUUCUGUAGGAGGCAGAGAGACGCCUUCCCCAGAGCGACGUUCGAGGGGCUUCAACCAUCUCGGGCCUUUGCCUCUGUGAUUGCUUUCCUGCAGUUACUGGAAAUUUCAAAUAUAGUUUAAACAUGAAGAUCUGUUCUUGCUCCCUGUUAAUGUUGCAUCCAUGUGUAAUUUCAAAGAAAAAGAGCUGUAAGUCCACCUCGUUUUUUAUUCUGGUUUCUCUCACGGGGGAUAUUCUUCCCGCUCCCACGACUUGCCUUUGGUUUGCUCGCAGACUUAGCGGUGGAAUUCAGGCCAAAUAGGUAAUUGGUUUGGAUCAGUUCAAUAAACUUAUGUAAGUUUUUACACAAAAAAAAAAAAAAAAAGGUGUCCUGAGCUUUGCCCUUUUGUGUUCCCCUUGAAGCAAAACGUUCCUGUGGGUCUGACCCACGUGUUUAACUCACACCUUUGGUGCGGUGAGAGCUGCCGGGGUGUAUUUGUGCUGCUGAUGUGUGUGCUGAGAGCUCAGGCACAGCCACCUCACCUGUGAUGGUGCUUUUUGAAAGGAAAAGGAAGAUCUAGUCCUCUCCUGGGCUGUAUUUCUCCGUGGCUGUGAUUCAUCUCCACUUCCAGGUGAGGAACGAGGCUUGAGAUCACUCUGUUAUCUGCUCCAUGUCCUCACUGGGAGUGGCCUUGGGGAUAAAACAAGUUCCAUCCUCGUGGCCUGCACCAAAUAACCCUGGGGAGAGGCAGGAGGAAAAAGAAUGUCCCUCCAGAUGGGACAGAGCUCCUGGCAAACCCCUCCCAGGGUGUCUCCCAGCUGUGCUGGGUCCCUUGAAAUGGGAAUGCCUGUGGUUGCUCUGCUGAGAUGAAGCAGCCAGAGAACCUUUUGCCUCAUCUUUUCGUGCUUGUUUUUUCUUGAGGUCAGGCAUGGGAGGAAGUUUUCUGCUGGAAGAAUUAAAAAAAAAAAAAAGAUAAGUGUUUGGUUGUUCAGCUCCGAUGUGUCCAGCACUGCAUGAUGGGAACAUCCCCUGCCAAAAGAAAAUAGCCUGGAAGACAACGUCCUCCCCAAAGAGACAGUGAAACCUAAUCAAACUUCAUCAGUGUGGUCUUGCCCAGGACAAACAGGACCAGAAUAUUAAACUGAAAAAGGAGCAGAAGGAAACCUGUUUUCACCAGUUUUCUCUGUGUUACAAAACAGAAAGAGAAGAGUCAAUUUAUUUUCCUGUGGCUGGUAAUGUUUAAAAUGAAGAGCCAGGGUGCAUGGAGUGGCAGGCUGGAAGUAAUGGGUCCCUGGAAUAUCAGUGCUGAUAUCCCCCUGCCCUCCUAAAAUAGUUGUUGGUUUAGAAAAGGGUACAAAUAAGUUUAAAAAAUGAAAGACUCUUGUUAGCAAGGCCACGUUUGGAGGAUGAAGAAAAAGCAAACUCCAGGAUUUGCUGUGGAGGUGGUGUGUUGCCUGGUGCCCCUGAUGUGCUGAAGGAAAUUGCUGAUGUAAGAUGCAGCACUUUGGGGGUGAACUUGCUAAACACACUUCUAGGAGCCCCCAGGCUCCUGGGGAAAAAAAAAGUCUGGGCUUCUCUGGUUCUUGUUGGGCUGCUGGCAUUCCUGUACCCUCUCCAUUCCUGACAAGGGGCAGGGAGAGGGUGUACAGGGAGCACAGGAGGAAUAACUAACUCCUAGCAGGGAAAAUAAAAGGCACCCACCCAGAAAGUCAGAAGGGAAAAGCCAAGGUCAGGCUGUUUUCCUACAAUGGGUUGGAGCUCUGCCUGUCCUACCUGAGUCUUGCUGCAGGCUGGAAAAUCAGCUCUAACAUGGCUCUGCUGGUGGCAUCCUUCACCCCUCAGCUGCCAUUCCACCUCUCCCUCUCUCAUCUGACGUGGAUCUGAACUCAAUGAAAGUGGUUGAAUUCUUUUCCUGGGGUACAGAAAACGAGGAUCUUUGGUCAGCUCACCCCAGCUACUCCCACAGCCCAGAGCUAGUUGUGUAUCAUCUAUCAGCCCAGAUGCCAGGGGCAGGGAAAAUCCCUGUGGAAAUUGCAGGUUGUAGGAGUGAAAACAGUAAUAACACUCACACCAGUCCCCCAGUGAGACUCCCCACCAGCAGCUAGCCUUUCCAGAGCAGGUGGAAACAGGAACAGCAAGGAAAGCCUCCCUGGGAGAUCUGGAGACAGAACACUGGACUGGGAGGAAGGGGCUCAGUUCUUCUGAGGGUUGGGUUUUCUUUCCCCUGAGCAGCACAGCAGCAAGCCCAGCUCUGGCUCGCUGGCAUUUCCAUCUGAAUCCACCUGAAGGGGGUGAGCUUUUGGGGAAGAAAGAGGCUCCUCUCCCUCUCCAGGCCAGAAUCUGAUCUCCAGAUUAGCUUGCUGGUUAUCAAUAGAGGCAACAGUUGUGAUUGCAACUCAACACUGCUCCAGCCCUGGAAGAGCAUUGACGGGAAGGGAGUUUUCAACUGGGAGAGCAGGGGACUGAGCCAUCCUUUCAGUCCCCAGCAAGGAUUGGCACGGGAGGACCGGCAUGCAUUCUCCAUUGACAUAGGACUCUACCCUGCUCCACCAAGAUUGGUCUAAAAUUUCAGACCUCAUCGCUCCUCUAGUCCACAAACAGGAUGAACAAACGAUCGUUUCUGGGAACCUGGGUGGCCCUUUUGGUGAUAACAGCCCGGCAGCGAGCUCACACCAUGGGGAGUCUGUAUCCAUUCUGGCAGAACGACACAAGAACACCCAAAGUUGAUGAUGGAAGCUCUCCCGAGAUCAGGAUCUCCGUCCCUUUCAUCUAUUUUGGAGUCCCCUACAGAAGCAUUUAUGUGAACAACAACGGGGUGAUCUCCUUCAACACCCUGGUCAGCCAGUUCACCCCCGAGGCCUUCCCGCUGGCCGACGGCCGCGCCUUCGUGGCGCCCUUCUGGGCCGACGUGCACAACGGCAUCCGGGGGGACGUCUACUACAGGGAGAGCACGGACCCCUGGCUGCUCAGGAGAGCCUCCAAGGACGUCCACAAGCACUUCAAGGACAUGGCCUCCUUCUCUGCCACCUGGGUCUUCAUCGUCACCUGGGAGGAGGUCACGUUCUACGGGGGGAGCAGCACGACGCCGGUGAACACUUUCCAAGCUGUCCUGAUCUCAGAUGGAGUGUCUUCCUUUGCCAUAUUUAACUACCAUGAAAUCAGCUGGACCACGGGGACAGCCAGUGGAGGGGACCCCCUGACUGGUCUCGGCGGGGUGAUGGCCCAGGCUGGUUUCAAUGGAGGAAAUCUCACCAACUUCUUCAGCCUCCCGGGCUCCAGAACUCCAGACAUUGUGAAUAUCGAAGAGACAACCAACGUGAACGUCCCUGGGCGCUGGGCUUUCAAAGUAGAUGGCAGAGAGAUAGACCCUGCCAAUGGCUGCAGCCUGAGAGGGCAGUUUCUCCGCCAAGGGGAGAUCUUUUGGGACAACGCCAACUGCAGCACCAAGUGCCGCUGCCUGGACUUCGGCAAUGAGAUCCUCUGCCAGGAGGUGGCUUGCGGCCCCUUUGAGGCGUGUGAGAGCAAGGCCAGGUUCUUCCAGUGCGUGCCGGUGGAGAGCAGCACCUGCGUGGUGUUUGGAGAUCCUCAUUACCACACCUUCGACGGCUUCCUCUUUCACUUCCAGGGUUCCUGCUCCUACCUCCUCGCCAGGCAGUGCUGGCCAGGCUCCCACCUGCCCUACUUCAACGUGGAGGCCAAGAAUGAGAACCGAGGCGGCUCCUCCGUCUCCUGGCUCAGGGAUAUUUUUGUGGAGGUCUACUCGCACAAGAUUGUUCUCCCCAAGGGUGGCUUUGGGAAGGCAAAGGUGGAUGACCUGGUGGUGUCCCUGCCCAUCUCUCUGGAACUGGGUGCAGUCAAAGUCUACCAAAGUGGCCUGUCCACUGCCCUGGAGACUGACUUUGGCCUGCUGGUGACCUUUGAUGGAGAACACUACGCCUCUGUCUCCGUGCCGGGCUCAUACAUUAAUGCCACGUGCGGUCUGUGUGGGAAUUACAACAAAGACCCUGAGGACGAUAUCCUCCGCUCAGAUGGGAGGUUGGCCACGUCCGUGCCAGAGCUGGGAGAGAGCUGGCAAGUGCCACAUCCCGAGAGGAGAUGCUCCACGGGCUGCUUGGAAAACUGCAGCCUCUGCGACGCCGCCACCGAGUCCCUGUAUUUCACCCCCGAGUACUGCGGCUUCAUCAACAAGACUGGGGGCCCCCUCUGGGAGUGCAGCUCGGUCGUGGACCCCACUGCCUUCAUCCACAGCUGUGUCUAUGACCUCUGCAGCGCCCCUGUGCCGAGGGAUAAUGGCACUGGGCUGUGCCAGGCCAUCCAGGCAUAUGCCACGGUGUGCCAGUCCCUGGGCAUCUCGGUGGGAGAGUGGCGGACACAGACGGGGUGUGCGACGGCCGUGCAGUGCCCGGAGCUCAGCCACUACUCCGUGUGUGCCAGCAGCUGCCCUGCCACGUGCUCAGACCUCACAGCCCCGCUGGCCUGUGCCUCCCCCUGCACCGAGGGCUGCGAGUGCGACGAGGGCCACGUGCUGAGCCGGGACCGCUGCGUGCCCGCCCCGCAGUGCGGCUGCGACGUGGACGGGCGGUACUACCCCAUCGGGGAGUCCUUCUGGGCAUCCACGGACUGCACGGUGCAGUGCCAGUGCGAGGAUGGAGGGGAGGCCAAGUGCUUCAACACCACCUGCCCCGAGGGAGAGAUCUGCACCAUCGAGGGCGGCCACCGCGGGUGCUUCCCCCAGCGGGAGACCGUGUGCUUGGUGGGGCAGAGCCAGGUGCUGCAGACGUUCGAUGGCAUCACCUUCCCCUACCCGCUGGAACAGUCCUACACGCUGCUCAAAACCUGCCUGGAGAGGCCAGACUUCAUCGAGGUGGACAUCAGCCAGAAGAAGGUGGGAUCUGCUCCCAGCGGGCCGCGCGUGGUGCGGGUCCAGGCAGCCGGCCAGGAGGUGAAGAUUGGAGGCACCCGCCUGUCAGACAUUAAGGUGAAUGGUUAUGACGUGGAGCUGCCCUAUUUCCACCCCUCUGGACGCCUGGAAAUCUACCGUGGUGACAAUGGCACCGUGCUGGAGUCAGAGGGGCUCCUGGCCAUCAGCUACUACGGCUCUGGGCUCCUGGAGAUCCGCCUCUCCACCUCCUACUUCAACUGCACCGGGGGCCUCUGCGGCCUCUUCAACGGCAACGCCAGCGAUGAGUUCAACCUGCCCACGGGCAAAUUCACGGACAACCUGGAGCUCUUCCUGGAGAGCUGGACCACCUUUGACGAGAUCUGCAACGGGGAGUGCGGGGACCUCCUCAUGGCCUGCAACAACGACUCAGAGCUGCUCAAGUCCUACCGGAGCCGCUCCAACUGCGGCAUCAUCAACGACCCCACCAACAGCUCCUUCCUGGAGUGCCACAGCGUGGUCAAUGUCUCAGCCUACUACAGGACGUGCCUCUUCCGCCUCUGCCAGAGCGGGGGCAACGUGUCAGAGCUGUGUGACUCGGUGGCACGCUACGCCAGCGCCUGCAAGAACGCCGACGUGGACAUCGGCCAGUGGAGGAGCCACAGCUUCUGCCCUCUGGCCUGCCCGGAGAACAGCCACUUUGAGGAGUGCAUGAGCUGCGUGGAGACCUGUGAGAGCCUGGCCUCGGGCCCCGUGUGCACAGACACCUGCACCGAGGGCUGCCAGUGCGACGAGGGCUUCGCCCUGCGCGGCGCCCGCUGCAUCCCGCGCGGGGAGUGCGGCUGCAGCUUCGAGGGGCGGCAGCUGGCCACCAACCAGACCUUCUGGAUGGACAUCUCCUGCCACUUCCUCUGCUACUGCAACGGCUCCGACAACAGCGUGUACUGCGAGAAUGUCUCCUGCAAGGACGACGAGUACUGCCUGGAGGAGAACGGCCUCUACUACUGCCACGCCCGCACCGACGCCUCCUGCAUCAUCUCCGGCUACGGCCACUACCUGACUUUUGACGGCUACUCCUUCGACUUCCAGAGCAGCUGUGAGUUGAUCCUGUGCACCACGAUCUCCAGGCCCAGGGUGGAGCGCUCGGACACGUUCCCGGCGUUCACUGUCACGGCCAAGAAUGAGGACCGGGACACCUCUCUGGCCCUGUGGGUGAAACAAGUGGAAGUGGAGGUCUUUAACUACAACAUCGUCAUCCACCGGGCCUACAAAUACACCGUGCUGAUCAAUGAUGAGCGUCUCUACCUGCCCCUGAAGCUGGGCCAGGGCAAAGUGAACAUCUUUGCCUUCGGCUUCCACAUCGUGGUCGAGACCGACUUCGGGCUGAAGGUGGUGUACGACUGGAAGACCUUCCUCUCCGUCACCAUCCCACGGGGCUUCCAGAACCUCACCUACGGCCUCUGCGGCCGCUACAACGGCAACCCCGAGGACGACCUGGUGGCCUCGGGUGGCACAAUGGCCACCAGUAUCGCCGACUUUGUCCAGAGCUGGGCCAAGAGGGACACGUUCUGCCGCGUGGGCUGCGGCGACCGCUGCCCGGCCUGCGGGAAGGUGGAAGGCUUCUGGAAGCCCCAACAGCUCUGCAGCCUCAUCCCGAGCCAGAGCGGGGUCUUUGCCAAGUGCCACAGCAAGAUCAACCCCGGCUUCUUCUACAAGAACUGCCUGUUUGACACCUGUGUGGAUGGGGGAGCCAUGCAGACAGCCUGCAGCUGGCUGCAGAACUACGCCAGCACGUGCCAAACGCAGGGGAUUGCCAUUACUGGCUGGAGGAACUUCACCUCGUGCUCUGUCAGCUGUCCCCCCAACAGCCACUACGAGAGCUGCGUGUCCCUGUGCCAGCCCCGCUGUGCCGCCAUCCGGCUCAAGAGCGACUGCAGCCACUACUGUGUGGAGGGGUGUCAGUGUGACCCCGGGUACGUCCUCAAUGGCAAGAGCUGCAUCCUGCCCCACAACUGUGGCUGCUACUCCGAUGGCAAGUACUACGAGCCCAAGCAGCUCUUCUGGAACGGGGACUGCACCCGCCGGUGCCGCUGCUUCCGGCGCAACCUGAUCCAGUGCGACCCUCGGCACUGCAAGUCGGACGAGGAGUGUGCCCUGCGCAACGGCGUCCGCGGCUGCUUCAGCACCCGCAGCUCCUUCUGCCUGGCGGCGGGAGGGGGCGUGUUCCGCACCUUCGACGGCGCCUUCCUCCGCUUCCCCGCCAACUGCGCCUUCGUCCUCUCCACCAUCUGCCAGAAGCUGCCCGACUUCUCCUUCCAGCUCAUCAUCAACUUCGACAAGUGGUCCUCACCCAACCUCACCAUCAUCUCCCCCGUGUACUUCUACAUCAACGAGGAGCAGAUCCUCAUCAGUGACAGGAACACUGUCAAGGUGAACGGCAGCCAGGUGAGCAUCCCCUUCGUCACGGGGCUUUCCACCAAGAUCUUCAGCCAGGAGGGCUUCCUGGUCAUCGACUCCAGCCCGGACAUCCAGAUCCGCUACAACGGCUUCAACGUCAUCAAGAUCACCAUUGGGGAGCGGCUGCAGAACAAGGUGUGCGGCCUCUGCGGCAACUUCAACGGCGACCGGACGGACGACUACGCGACGCUGCGGGGGAAGCCGGCGGUCAGCAGCGUGGUGCUGGCCCAGAGCUGGAAAACCAACGGCAUGCAGAAGAGCUGCAACGAGCUGCAGUACUCGCAAUACGCCGCUUCCUGCGACAACGUCCAGAUCCAGGAGCUGCAGAGCGACAGCUACUGCCUGAAGCUGACGGACAUGAAGGGCUUCUUCCAGCCCUGCUACGGCCUCCUGGACCCGCUGCCCUUUUACGAGUCCUGCUUUCUGGACGGCUGCUACAACCACAAGAAGGUCCAGCUGUGCGGCUCGCUGGCUGCCUACGGGGAGGCCUGCCGCACCUUCGGCAUCCUGGGCACCGAGUGGAUCGAGAAGGAGAAUUGCUCAGGAGUGGUGGAAGAUCCCUGCGUGGGCGCCGACUGCCCCAACCGCACGUGCGAGCUGGACAACGGCGGGGAGCUGUGUGGCUGCAUCGAGCCCCCGCCCUAUGGGAACACCACCCACGACAUCAUUGAUGCGGAGGUGACCUGCAAAGCCGCCCAAAUGGAGGUGUCCAUUUCCAAGUGCAAACUGUUCCAGCUGGGCUUUGAGCGUGAGGGGGUGCGGGUCAAUGACCGCCACUGCCCCGGCAUCGAAGGGGAGGACUUCAUCUCCUUCCAGAUCAACAACACCAAGGGCAACUGUGGCAACCUGGUGCAGUCCAACAGCACACACAUAGUGUACAAGAACACGGUGUGGAUCGAGAGUGCAAACAACACAGGCAACAUCAUCACCCGGGACCGGACCAUCAACGUGGAGUUCUCCUGUGCCUAUGAGCUGGACAUCAAGAUCUCCCUGGAUUCAGUUGUGAGGCCGAUGCUCAGUGUGAUCAACCUGACGGUGCCGACGCAGGAGGGGAGCUUCACCACCAAGAUGGCCCUGUACAAGAACUCGUCCUACAAGCACCCUUACCGGCAGGGCGAGGUGGUGCUCACCACCCGGGAUGUGCUCUAUGUGGGGGUCUUUGUGGUCGGGGCCGACUCCAACCACUUGAUCCUGAUGCUGAACAAGUGCUACGCGACCCCCUCGCGGGACAGCAACGACAAGCUGCGCUACUUCAUCAUCGAGGGAGGGUGCCAAAACAUAAAGGACAACACCAUUGGCAUCGAGGAGAACGGGGUGUCCUUGACGUGUCGCUUCCACGUCACCGUGUUCAAGUUCAUCGGGGACUACGACGAGGUUCACCUGCACUGCGCCGUCUCACUCUGCGACUCGGAGAAAUACUCCUGCAAAAUAAACUGCCCCCAGCACACGAGGAUGGCCAGCGCGUUCGCCGAGGAGUCCAAGGAGCAGAUCCUCUCAGUGGGGCCUAUCAGGAGGAAGCGGUCGGACUGGUGCGAGGACAACGGGGGCUGUGAGCAGAUCUGCACGAGCCGGGCGGACGGACCCCUGUGCAGCUGCGUGACAGGGACACUGCAAGGGGACGGCAAGAGCUGCAGGGCCUCCAGCUCUUCAGGGGAGCACCGUGCCCAAGUGACCCCUCUGGUGGUGGCCCAGCUGUGGCUGUGGCUGCGCGUGCUCUGCGGGACCUGACCUCGUAGGCGCGGCUCUGCCGCCCCGCCAAAAACUGUUCUCGCGUCAGCCUGAGUCUUUGUAGGGUAGGAGACAGCCCCCCCACAGUGGCCACGCUGCCUCCAACCCUCUGCUGUGAGGAGAGAAGAGGGAUGUGACCCGGAGAGAGCUCGGACGUGAAGGUGGCACGUGGCGGGCACAGCGGCAGCAACGGCAAGACAGAGCUGGAUGUCUGCCCGUGGGACUGUGCUUUGGGGUUUUUUUUACAGGUUUCUAUCACUGAUGUGGACUCAAGGAGGGGUUUUUGCAACUUUUCCCCAGGCUUUCCCUUACAGCUGCACUGUAGGUGGCCCUCACUGCUGUCAGUAGUGUGGGACAGGCCAGAGCGUGUGUCCCUUUGCACGGACAGCUGUGGGUCUCCACAGUCCUUGGGAGCUGCCAUCAGGGUUUUGGGAGCUUAUGGACUCAGCCAGAGGUAGGUGUUGGGGCACAGGCUGUGGGCCAGAGCAGUGCAUUGUCACCACUGGAUGUUGUGACACCUUGGGACCGUGUCACCCUCUGGCUCUCGGGUGCUGAGGUGUGUGCUGGAGAGCCAAACUCAUCCCCAGGGCUCUGGAAGUCUUGGUUUUGUGCUGCAGUGCUGACAAGUCAGUCUCAAUAUUUGGAAAGAGGUGCUUUCUGGUGGGCAGGAGCAAGAGCCAGGGAAAUGGGGGGGUGGAAUUCCCUGCUGUGUUUUUGUGAUGGGCCGCGGCAGAGUUGUUUGAGGGUCGGAGCAGGGUUGGGGUCUGCUUGCACAGGGCAGCAGCAUUGGGGUGCCUGGUGGAGCAGCCUUGGGGUGCUGGUGGGUGUGGGGGGGCUGUGUUGGUGUCUUGUCUUGUGUUUGUACUCUGUGAAACGGCUGCGUGGGAAUAAAAAGUGUUGUAACCCUUGGUAAGCGCCGUGGUCCCGUGUGGUGGUGGCCAGGACCGGGAGAGGCAGCUGGGCCUGGAAGGGCUCUGGGGAGGGAA